AUGGGUGAAUUUGCAGUACCAGCUCCUACUCAUGCUCCUCCUCCUCCUUUGAUCUAUGAUAAACCCUCAUGGGCUGGUGUUGCCACUCAUGAUUACAAAUUCGAGAUUCUCAAAGGUGGUGUACAAGUCGAUCAGAUUGAUGGUCCUAAGAAAGACUUGGUAGUGAUUGGAAGACUUCCGAUAUGCGAGAUUCCGAUGGAACAUCCUUCUGUGUCGCGUUACCAUGCUAUUAUUCAGUUUAAUCAAGAGGGCGAUGCAUUCAUAUAUGAUCUCGAAAGUGCACAUGGCACUCGCUUAAAUAAAAUUCGUAUUCCUGCAAGGACUCAUUUACCCAUCAAAACAGGCGAUCAACUUAAAUUUGGAGAAAGUACGCGAGUAUGCAUUUUUGAGACAGAGAAGCCAUCUAGCGAACAGGAUAUUGCAAGAGAAGAAGCAAUUGCCGAGCGCUUCCGAGCACGUCGUCAAUUACCCGUAGAAACUAGUGAAGAUGAUAAUAAUGGUGUAUCUUGGGGUUUUGGAGAGGACGCGGAGGAAGAUGAUGAUGAUGAUGAACAAGAAGGAGAUGGUGAAGGUGAAGGCACUGCUUCUGGGGAUGCUGCUUUGUUAACAGUAGAUGCCGAAAAAUUGGCAUUUGAGGAUGCAAAGCGAAGGAGAGAAGAACUAGAGAUUAUGUAUGGUGAUGACGAUGAUGAUGAUGCAUUUUAUGACCGCACAGAGCGUAAAAAGAAGAAAACCGCCAAGGCAGAAACUUAUGAUGAAUUAGUCGAAAGACUCAAGAUUACUGAGGAGAAUUUGGCUGCUGUACGCCGAAAAAUACAUGAACGCGAGGAACAAGACAAACAAGUCAAAACUGGCGAAGAAGAAGAAGAUUUAGAUGAAUUUAUGAAGAAUCUUGAAAAGGCACCUGAAAAGAAACAACCGUUGUUUGUUUUGAAGCGAGAAGAAACACAAUUGACAAAGGAUGUUGAUCGGUUGAUAAAGUUGGUCAAGUUGACAAAGCCUACAGUACUGCACUGAACACAGUUAGAGCAUGUUGUGUUGUGUAAGAUAUUCAAGGGCCAUCCAGGCAGUCUGAACACUCGGAAGCAUAACUUCUCCACGCAUAAUAAACGAUUUGAUAUCAUUGAUUAGUACUUGAG